AUGUCUCAAAGCAAAUUAAGCAAGCAACUCCCUCCUGCCGUCUCCUCGGAGUGCCCUGUCUGUUAUGAGUCAUUUCAGUCUCCAAAAGUGUCACGCCGGAUGUUGAGCUGUGGGCACACUUUUUGCCACGACUGCUUGGUCAAGUGUCUGCUGGCCUCACGGGAUGAAGGCCGGUUCCAGAACACUCUCACAUGCCCCGUGUGUCGCUUUGUGACUUUCCUCUGCAGGAAGAGAGCUUGCUGGCUAUCCAAGCCAGCCCUACACCCUCCGUCUCGGGAGCUACCACUGUCACCCUCUUCAUUGCCCUGUGGAGUAUUGCUAGGGCCAUCAAACACUUUAGUGAUGCCUAGCCGUUUCCUGACACCAUUCUGCAGUUAUGACAACCAGCAGAGUGUGCGUGGCUGCCCCGGCAUCGGGCAACCUGGUGGCUUGGAGCAGGAACCACACAUCUUCAUUAUCACGCAGUGCGGAAUGCCACUGAUUGAAGAGAACUUUAGUGCGGUAACUCAGAACAAUGACGUGGAAGCUCCAGGGUCAGUGGCGUCUUCAAGUUCACUGGGAAUAAAGAGCUGCUUCCAUUCACCAAUUAUGUUGGCAAUUUUCCUUAUUUCUGCUGUUGCUUUGUUGGGGGCUGUGCUUCCCUGGCUACUACUUGUGAGAGACAAUAAAUAA